AUGAAGAAAGGUGAAGCCAUUCUGACGGUCCCACUGAAAGCGAUGUUGACGACGAGGCGCAUUCCCAUGUCUUUCAAGCGAAAAUUCCCAAAAGAUAUUUCCAUCCAUGCGCUACUUGCUGCUUUCUUGACUCUCGGGGACAAAGAGGAUCUCCAGAAGUAUGAACUCUGGCGCCAGACUUGGCCAACGCGUCAGGACUUCGAACACAGCAUGCCCCUUUUAUGGCCACAGCCUUUACGAGGACCCACUCCGUUCUAUGAUGACAGCGCCAGUGAGAUAAAUCUGCUUCCGCCAUCGAUAUCUGGCGCUUGGAACACCUUACGGAAGCGCAAAAAUGAGCAUGAUUAUGAGACAUCCCACCAGAAUCUCCUUGCUCAGCAGGAACAGAGAUUGCACAAAGCCUGGAGCAGCGUCAUUUCUGUUUUCCCUGAUGUAGACUGGGAGACUUAUUCAUACAACUGGCUCAUUGUCAACACAAGGAGUUUCUACUACUUGAUGCCUGGUCAAAAACCUCCAGAAGAUCGAAAUGAUGCCAUGGCGUUGCUACCUUUCGCCGAUUAUUUUAAUCACUCGGACGUGGAGGUUUGUCUUGUCAUCCCAAGCCCAGUUCAAAUACAACAAUACUUUCCGGUCUUUCGUCUCCUAUUCUAA